AAUUUUUAAUGCUCUAAUGGGAAUCUCUUCUCUCUUGACUUAUUGUUUGAACCAUGCUCAUAUUAGGUAUGGUAGCCUGCUCUGUCCUAUUAUCAUCUUGCAGUUCUGCAGAAUAUUUAUGCAGGCUGGUCAAGGGCUUUGGAUCCAAUCCUUGUUUGAUGAUACCAAUGUGUAUUAUUGUGCUGAUCCCGAUGGAAUGUUUUCACAUGUAAAAUCAGUCUACGUUCUCCAGAUUGUGAUCUUCUAUUUAUGUCCUGACACUAUCUGGUUUAUUAUAUGCUUUCUCAUAUUCUUGUGCCCACCAUUAACUUGUUUUUUUGUUCUUUCUUUUCUAAAUCCUUUUUAUUGUAGCCUCAGACUCAUGAAAGGAAUCUGCAUCCAUAAAGCUACUGGGAUAAAACGGUCCAACCCAAUCACUAAACCUGUUCAGAAAGAUGCUUCAGCUAAGCAAACCGCUAUCAAGGGACCUUAUGGUAAGAGUCCGGGAUGCACAACGAGCUGCGGAUUAAGGAUACCAAGGAAAACAGAAGUCACGGCAGCAAAACUGAUCAAGCAUCUUGGAUGCAAAUUUGCAAAAGGUUUGCGUCUGGUGGCGAUGAGGAAGAAGAAAAGGUGUCCACCGUCAAAGGUUUCUUCUUUUUCCGGGAGACCUCAGCCGUCAAUCAUCAUCCCCAUAAACAAUGACAGUCAUAGAUCAGAGGCCAUAGAAGACUGCAUACAGUUCAUCAACUCAUCAUCCUCCUUCACCAGAUCAAACUCUACUUCUUAAAGUUUCAUCAUUCAUAAACCCUUUGUCUUGGUCGUUCACUGUCUAUUUGCUUAUUUGUGAGAGUUGCAUGUAACGUCUACAUAACCCGUUGUGUGUGUAAAUUUUUAGUGUUUUACAUCAGUUUCAUUUUCCUUCUGCU